ACAGAUUUAGCAGUUUCCAGUCUCUCACGGCUCUGUGUGUAUCCCAAAAUGGCAGCUCUGAUGCGAGGAAGCCGUGUUCUGUUUUUAAAUUUAUCGCAACGGAUUUUAGUAGCCCGGUAUCUUUCAAAUGGGGACGGAAGUUCGAACCCAAUUGGCUUUAUUGGUCUUGGAAACAUGGGGAGUCCAAUGGCCAAGAAUUUGCUUGACCAGGGAUAUGGGGUAGUUGUGCAUGAUAUCUUCCCUGAGUCUGUGGAUGACCUGCGACAGCUAGGCGCAGGUGUUGCUGAAACCCCAGAUGAGGUUGCAAUGAAGACCAAUAAAAUAGUCACCAUGCUUCCUUCAAGCCCAAAUGUAAUAGAGGUCUACAAAGGAAUCAAGGGACUGUUCAAUUCAGUUCAGGAUGGGACACUGUUGAUUGACUGUAGUACAAUAGACCCAGCAUUAUCCAAGGAGAUCAGUGAGAUGGCUUCAGAAAAAGGGGCAACAUAUUUAGAUGCACCUGUUUCGGGAGGGAUUACAGCAGCAAAAGCAGGUACACUGACAUUUAUGGUUGGUGGAAAAGAGGAAGGAUUUGAACAAGCCAAGGAUGUUCUCAUGAGCAUGGGCAAAAAUGUCAUUCAUACUGGACCUAAUGGUACAGGCCAGGCUGCAAAAAUUUGCAAUAACAUGUUGCUGGCCGUUAGCAUGAUUGGGACAGCAGAGGCCAUGAAUCUUGGUAUUCGCCUCGGGCUUGAUGCAGAGAUGAUUGCAAAGAUAAUAAACAGCAGCUCAGGCCGUUGCUGGUCCAGUGAAGUGUACAAUCCAGUUCCUGGUGUACUUGAAGAUGUACCCUCCAGUAAUAACUACCAGGGCGGGUUUAUGACUGCACUCAUGACUAAGGAUCUUGGUCUUGCACAAAAUGCCUCCUCAUCGACCAUGACGGCAACUCCCAUGGGAUCAUUGGCUCACCAGAUCUAUCGUAUCAUGUGUAUCAAAGGCUAUGCAAACAUGGAUUUCGGCUCUGUUUUUAAGUUUCUUAGGGAUGAGAAAUGAUGGAAUGAAUUUUGCUUUUGUAAAUGAUAAAAUCAUGACCCUAAUUAGGUUAGGACUGUACCUAAAGAAAGGCAUAAGACUGUUAAGUCAGCCUUGUGUAUAAGGAAGUGUUGCCCCAGUUUUAGAGGGCAGUUGCCUUUGGAUGUAUGUACAUUACAUCCCUAUUUACUCAACUGUCAUCUGUUGUCUUUCUAGCUUGUAAAUUAAUUUCUGUGCAUGUAGGAUGCUAUUUGGAUUUAUAUUCAGGAUUUCUAUAUUCUAUAUACAGAUGUCCAUACGAUUUUUAGGCACAGAUAUGAGAGGCGCAGUCAGUGACUGAAAAUUAUGGGUGUUUGUAAAAAAGACUAUAUGAUUGCAGUGUGUCUAUUAAUGUAAUUUAUUUUAAGUAACCUAUAUAUGCCAGGUGCUUACCAAGAUGUCCCCCCCACCUUGGCCACCACAGAAAGGGGGUCUAUUCCUAUUGAGCGGUUGUCAAAUACAUCAUUUUUGGAUAUAAAUAUAGUAUGCACAGGUAUAGUAUGCACAGGUAUGCACCUGUAUUAUGACAUGAAUAUGGACAAUUAAAACCUAUUUUAAAAAG